CAGGGAGACCUGGACCUGCCAGGCACAGGCAUGCCGGUGCUAUCAGAGGACUCGGGUUUGCAUGAAACCCUGGCACUCCUGACCUCUCAGCUCAGGCCUGACUCCAACCACAAGGAGGAGAUGGGUUUCCUGAGGGACGUUUUCAGUGAGAAAAGCCUCAGUUACUUAAUGAAGAUUCAUGAGAAGCUUCGAUAUUAUGAGAGGCAAAGUCCAACCCCAGUCCUGCACAGCGCAGUGGCCCUGGCAGAGGAUGUGAUGGAGGAGCUGCAGGCUGCCUCUGUGCACAGCGAUGAGCGGGAGCUGCUGCAGCUGCUGUCCACCCCCCACCUCAGGGCUGUGCUCAUGGUCCAUGACACAGUUGCCCAGAAGAAUUUCGACCCUGUUCUUCCCCCUCUGCCUGAUAAUAUUGAUGAGGAUUUUGAUGAAGAAUCAGUGAAGAUUGUCCGUUUGGUGAAGAACAAGGAACCCCUGGGUGCCACUAUCCGGCGGGAUGAGCACUCGGGGGCUGUCGUGGUGGCAAGGAUCAUGCGAGGGGGUGCAGCAGAUCGGAGUGGCCUGGUCCACGUUGGAGACGAGCUCCGAGAAGUGAAUGGGAUCGCAGUCCUACAUAAGCGGCCUGACGAAAUCAGCCAGAUUCUGGCCCACUCCCAGGGAUCCAUUACCCUCAAAAUCAUCCCAGCCACCCAGGAAGAGGACCGCUUCAAGGAGAGCAAGGUGUUCAUGCGGGCCCUCUUCCACUACGACCCUCGGGAGGACCGGGCCAUCCCCUGCCAGGAGGCAGGCCUGCCCUUCCAACGCAGGCAGGUCCUGGAGGUGGUGAGCCAGGACGAUCCUACGUGGUGGCAAGCCAAGAGAGUGGGGGACACCAACCUUCGAGCCGGCCUUAUCCCCUCCAAGCAGUUCCAGGAGAGACGACUAAGUUACCGGAGAGCCACGGGCACCCUGCCAAGUCCCCAGAGCCUCAAGAAGCCCCCCUAUGAUCAGCCUUGUGACAAAGAGACCUGUGACUGUGAGGGGUACUUCAAGGGACACUAUGUGGCUGGUCUCCGGAGGAGCUUCCGGCUAGGCUGCAGGGAGAGGCUGAGUGGCUCACAGGAAGGGAAGAUGUGCGCCAGCGCUGAGUCCCCAGAGUUGCUGACCUACGAGGAGGUGGCCAGGUACCAACAGCAGCCCGGUGAGCGGCCCCGCCUSGUGGUUCUGAUUGGGUCUCUCGGAGCCCGACUCCAUGAGCUGAAGCAAAAGGUGGUGGCUGAGAACCCACAGCGCUUUGGUGUUGCUGUUCCACAUACCACCAGACCCAGAAAGAGCCACGAGAAGGAAGGGGUGGAGUAUCACUUUGUGUCUAAACAAGCAUUUGAGGCCGACUUACAUCACAGCAAGUUCCUGGAGCAUGGUGAAUAUAAGGAAAACCUCUAUGGGACCAGCCUGGAGGCCAUCCGGGCUGUCAUGGCCAGAAACAAAGUUUGUUUGGUGGAUGUGGAACCGGAAGCACUGAAACAGCUGAGAACCUCAGAGUUCAAACCCUAUAUUAUAUUUGUAAAGCCUGCAAUUCAGGAAAAAAGGAAGACACCACCUAUGUCCCCAGCUUGUGAGGACACAGCAGCCCCACUUGAUGAGGAGCAGCAAGAGAUGGCCGCCUCUGCCGCCUUCAUUGACCAGCAUUACGGGCACCUGAUGGACACUGUGUUGGUGAAGGAAGACCUGCAGGGUGCUUACAGCCAGCUCAAGGUGGUCUUAGAGAAGCUGAGCAAGGACACUCACUGGGUACCUGUUAGUUGGGUCAGGUAACUUUAUCCCAGAACAUCUAGGCUGGAGGGGACCUUGAAGACCAUGUAGUCCAGCCUCCCUCACCUUACCAUCCAGAAACCUCAAGUUCAGAGAGGGGCAGAAUUUUCCACAAACUCCAUCAUCGAGAAAAGUAGAAAUGGGAAGUCUUGUCUGUUGUUGACUUUUGUCUGUCAUUUUUUACUUGCACCCCUUUAGCUCAUGAGUUAAAAAGGGGCAUGUCACAAAACCACACUUCAUUCAUUAAAGUAUCCCAGGCAA